UUAGAGCUUAGGCAAACAUGACUGAAGUUGACGUUGAACAGAUCUAUAAAGCCUAUGAAGAAAUUAAUAAUGCCAGCGAUAACACGCCAGAGAUUAAACGUUCAUACGAGAUCUUGAUUGCUGGUGCGCAUGGCUCAAGUAAUUGUAAAAGACUUGCUGCCCAAUUUAUUCCUCGUUUCUUUGGCAAGUUUCCAGAGUACUAUGAGACCGCUUUGGACGCAUUAUUUGAUCUUUGUGAGGAUACUGACAUAAAUGUGCGUUUAACGGUUAUCAAAUAUAUGCCGAACGUUGUCAAAGAGUUCGAUAAGUUCGCUGUUAGAAUUGCCGAUGCAUUAGUACAAUUAUUAGAAAAUGGUAAUCAAAAUUUAUUGUAUAUGGACCAUGGAUCGAACUAUAUCCAAGAUUUCUCAUAUAAGAGAUAUUUUAAUAGAAACUGUACAGGAAAUUGCUGCAGUUAAGAAAGCUCUUGAACAAGUUCUCCGUUUAGAU